AUGAACGAAUCUUUUGAUGAUCAGGAUACAGAAUUCACGUAUGAAAUACCAGAUUGUUUAAUGGAUGGAGACUAUAUUGAAAUCCAUGGAGUUUGUCAUGGUAAACGAAUAGUUUUUGAAUUAUUAACAGAAGAAGCAUCUACUCAAAAUAUAUUUGAUAAAUUACCUUUACAAAUCAUUUUAACAACAGAUGGUUUAGUAACUGUAAUUAGUCGUAAUCCAGAAAAGGUAGCAAAACAAGAACGUUCUGUGGAAAAUGGCAUACAAAUUGAUAAAGCUUUCGAAUUAUGCGUACAUGCUUAUAAGAAAUGUUAUGUUGUUAAAUUAAACGGGGAGGACGUUUGUGGUCAAGAUCAUCUUGUACCAUUGAACGAAGCGUUUGCUUUAUCAAUGCAAGGAAAAGUUGAUAUAUUAUCUCUUGAAUUUAAAGACAUGUAUUAUGAUGAAGAGGAAAUGAAUAAUAAUACAAACAUGUCUUCUGCUAAUAAUAACAGUAAUAGCAUUAGAAUGGAUGAUGCACAAGCAGGCUUUGUACGUGUCAAUGAGUUAAGACAAAGUUCCAUACGCAGAAAUGAUCCGCCAGUGAUGGUACCAACAAGAACAGGUUCCAAAUUGGAGAAACAAUCUAUAAAAAGUAAAGAUAGUAAUCUAGAAGUUACUGCUUGGAAAACGUCAAAUGAUUUAUCUAGAGCAUAUUUAGACGUUGAUUACAAAGUAUCUACAUUAGAUCGAAAUUCUGCAGCCCAUUCAUAUCGUAAUAGUAUUGAUUUUAGUCACAAUUCAGACUCAAGAAUCUCUGGAACAUUACCACCUCUAGGCAAGUCAGCUAAUGACAGAGUAUCAGAUUACGUAAUGGGAAGUCGAGGUAACCUUAAUACAAAUGAUGCGUCACAUAUAAAAUCGAAAACAUCUAUUUUUGGUUCUCGGAAAUCUGCUACCUUAAGUAAUAGUAAAAUUGAACAACGUUUUAACGAAGGCAGAAGUCAGACAGAUGCAGGCGAUUUACACCAUGGAAGCUAUUCUGUAUUGGAUGACGAAGAUCAUAUAGGAUCUCAACUUUCUGCUACAACAUCAACACCUAACUGCAAGACAAACAUAAGAAAAAACGAUUCAGUUUACUUGGAAAGAACAGAAAAUCAACAGGCUCCGAGAUCUACUCCAGACAUAAGGUUGAAAGAUGGCGAAGGCGAGAAAAAGAAGAAGGGUUUACAUUUAAAAAAUCCUUUUAAACGUUCGAAAACUAAAGAUCAAACACCUUCAGUAUCAUCAGAUCUUGCUUUUACUAGGAACACUAUACAUCCGGCAAUUAAUGUAGCUGUCACUGAACGAUUACCAAAAGAGAUGUCUAAAAAACCAGCACCUGAAAUUGCAGCUUAUCUUCACAAAUCCAAUCCAUCAGCUGAAUUUGAUACACUUAAUUUAACUGGUCGUGAAAUAUUGAGUGAAGAUACUCAUUUUGCACCUUUUGAUAGGAAACAUUAUGAUGGAUAUGAAAAUGUUGGUAGUUCUUAUGAUCCAUUUAAAAACAAGACGUUGAGCGACUCAAGAAAAUCCAUCGAGAUUUCAUCUCUAAGUGAUUUGCACUCACAAGGUAAAUUUAAAGGACCAGCUCCGGAAUUAGCAGCUUUAAUUCACUCGAAGCAUCCUACUUCAAAUCUAGAAGAUAUAACCAUUGCUCAAGGUUCAGGCUCACAUAUAAGACCAUUCACACCAACAGACCAUUCACCGAAGCAAUCAAGAUAUCAUAAUGAACCUCCCUCUGAUAUUGCAAAUUUAAAAUUAAAAGGUACAGCUCCUGAAAUAGCGGCGAUAAUAAACUCGAGAACUAAAAGUCCCAACCAUGAAGAUAUAACUCUUACUCAGAGGUUUGAUCAAAACUUCCAUCCGUAUCCUACAGUAGAUACGUCAGGAAAAAAACCUUUUAAGCCCAGUGGAAGUGCAUCAGAGAUAGCUGCCGAUAUACACAAAAAUAAUUUAGCAGAUCAUCGACCCUAUGCAGAUUAUACCCUAACUGGUACUAAUACUAAUGAAAUACAAGGAACAAAAUAUGUACUAAAAGAAAAAGUGCAAUCUACACGUAAAGCUCUUUCUUUAAGUGAACAUAUAUCAGAUGGUGAUGAAACAGAGAGUGGAGGCAGUGAGGUGUAUACUGACAAUGAAUGUUACUUAGAAGUAGGUAAAAGUGAAUAUUAUUUUGAUCGUAAACGUUCCCUGAGAAAUUAUCGUUCUAAACGAUCAACGAAAUUGGAACGUGAAGCUAGACGUAAUAUGGGGUUACAUAGAAAUGACAGUCAAGAAUCAGUCAGCAGCAGUAUCUCAUCGCUUAAACCAACUGAUCGAAAAUUGACCCCAAAAUAUAGAAAACGUCCAGGUACUAAAAAGGAAGAAGUCUCAUCUUGGUUGAACAGCUCUAAUUCACCCUAUAAUCCAAUCCGUAUAGAUGGGAAUGUAUAUCCAAAUUAUGCAUCAAAUGUUUACGCUUCAGCUCCUAUUGUUCAUAAACAUUUAAUUCAAAACUAUUUAUUAAAAGAUAUUAUUCAGUCAAUAAAAUGUGAUAGCACUGCACGCCAAUCCUGUUUAAUAAAACUUGAGUUUAACACCUUCUAUGAAGAAGCUAAUGAAUGUGAAACACUUUAUCUUCAAUUAUGGUCUGAUGGUGGUCUAGAUAUUUUGAAUAGCCAAUCCAUUAAUAGCAAAAUUCUAUACAGUUCUUCAAAUGAUAUUCAAUAUCUAACACUAAAAGAUAAUGAAUUUUGCAAUAAUGAUAAGCAACAAGUAAAUUUCACUCUGAAAUUCACAUCUCAAAGCUUCUAUACUGCUAUUACUUCAAAUGAUCUAUUUACAUUAAUAUUGAGUAAUCAAUUCUUGAAAUCUACUAAUUAUCACUUGAAAUCAUUUAAACUUGAAGAUUCAACAAAUGCCGAGUUGGAUAAACUUUUUAUGCCAAAGAACUUAUGUUUACCACUUAUUCUUCAUAUGAAAGAUGAAUCCCGUCAAACAAACACAUUAAAUCUUUUAACAAAACUAACUGCUGAUACCAAAAGAGUUAUCAUCGAAUAUGUUUAUAAACCUAUCAGUAGCUUUGAAUUUGUCUCAAUGCAAAUCCUAUUGAAUUUUGAGACAAGUAACUUAAUAAUACAAGAGAUCGCAAAAGAAACAAAUAAUGUUCAAUAUGCUGAAAAAGAGAUAACAUAUAUUCCUGAACAGAUAUGUAAAAUGAAAUUCAGUUGGUACAAUAACACACUAAAGGUACUUCUUAAUAGUGACGAAUCAAUGAUGUACAAUUUUGAACAGUAUUAUCCUCUUCAAUUCUUAUCACAUAUUCGAAUCAAUGGAGAUUUCAUGCUUUUAAAUGCAGAACUUCAAUCGGAUGAAUAA